CUCCGAACCUUGGAAGAUAGGGCUUAUUGGAGAGAUAGUGGUAUUAUAGUUGGAUGAGUAAUCGCCCGGGUCACAAGCGAUUACAUACGUGUAAAUAUAGAAAGAAGCUAAAGUAUAAUAGAUAACAUGUCGUUCUAGGUGAGCGGGGUUGUGGGAUGUUAGUGAGAGUUGAGGUGUGAUGUUCUUCUAAGUAUAUUGGAAUUACUGAUAUAAGAUGACUUGUUGCGUGGAGAAGUAAGCGAUGUUGGAAAGCGUAUAAGUACUUUAGUGAUGAACAUUGACUGACCCACCUUGUCUUCAUCUCUGUUUGCGUCCUAUCUCAUUUCAACACUCUCUUCGCAUGUGAAAGGUGUGUAUCUCUAGCUUCUUUCUUACCUACCUUACUGCGUAUACCCCCAGCUUCAUAUCAUGCCCAUCGACUUCCACCUCAGCCUUUCCGAGGCCGGUAUAAGAACCGCCGCCGCAGGUUUCGCACAGCAAGUCCUCAAACCAUCACGAGCCGAGUACUUGAAGUAUAAUCAAAGCCAUGAGCGAUUCCAGGCUACCCAACCUACUUAUGCCGCAGCGACUAAAGGUGGCCUGAUCAAAGGCCAAGUCUCGCCGCGUCUUGGUGGUAGUGGUGGAUCACUUAUCGAGGCAGCUAUUAUGGUGGAAGAGUGUUAUGCGGUGGAACCGUCUACGGCUUUGACGAUUUUCGCUACUGGUUUAGGACUUACCCCUUUGAAUAUUGCGGGUAAACCGGAGCAUGCUGAGUUUCUAGCUCCCUUUCUGAGCGGCGAAGGUGCACCAUUAGCCUCACUCGUAUUUAGUGAACCAGGUGGCGUAGCCAAUGCUUGGGAGAAGGGAGCGCCAGGCCUCCAGACUACGGCUCGCCGAGAGGGCGAUGAAUGGAUCAUCAACGGCGAGAAGAAAUGGGCUACGAACUGUGCGGGGUGGGAUUUUAAGGGAUGUGACUUGGCCUGUGUGGUGUGCCGCGAUGUUACCGAGCCGGCUGAGCCCGGGUCCGAUCCUAAGGACCGUGCUAUGGUAAUCCUCGUUACCCGUGCCGACCUCGACCGCAAUGGUCCCGAUGCAUUCCGGGUUUUACGCCAUAUUCCUACUCCGGGGCAUACAUCCGUCUCGGGACCUCAUGUGAGGUAUACCAAUGUUCGCGUGCCAGCAAAGAACGUGCUUAGUCCACCCGGGCAAGGUGCUCAAUUAGCUCUCGCUUCUUUUGAUGCUAGCGCAGUUCUCGUAGGUGCUAUGGGUGUAGGUCUUAUGCGAGCGGCUUUUGACGCCGCGUUAGAUUUCGCAAAACGUGAUAAUCGCAAUGGAGCCGUACCCCUACUCGGACGUCAGGCAUUUGCGGACCUUUUAUCCGGUAUCAAGAUGCAGACCGAGGCAUCUCGCGCGUUAACGUGGAAAGCGGCCCAUGCUAUGGAGAAUGGUCCUGGCGAUUAUGAUGCACGUCGGGAAUUGGCGCUCGCUGCUAAGGUCUACUGUAGCGAUGCGGCUGUGAAGGCUUGUACUGAUGCUAUUAACGCGGUCGGAAUUACCGCUUAUGAUUCGGACCAGCCGUUCGCUGAACUUCUUAAUAACGCGAUGGUAUUGCCGAUUUUCGAUGGAGGAAAUGUUGGAAUUCGAAGGCGCCAUAUGCAGGAGUUGAUGCUGUCGCCAGAUUAUGACGCUUGGGCGUCGACGUAUGGACCGACGGAGAAGAGAUGAUAUCAGUGGGUUUAACGGACCUAACGACCGAAAGCCGUACCUUGUAGUUGCGGAACAUUUAGGGCCAUCUUGAAUUUAAUAAUUACCUAUCAUAAAUGGGCUAUAUUUUCAGCGAAGGGUUUAAUAUCUAUCGCAAUGACUUCUAUGCGAGAAAUUACGGGAAAUAGCAGCUGUAAAUGAUAUAUAAGGGCCAGUCUAUGGG